GCUAGGUGUACACAAAAGUUGUACACUUUUUGUCUGUCCCGCAAUCCAAGUUGUCACAACUCAGACUGCGGGGACAGACAAGUGUACACAAAAAGUGUACAACUUUUGUGUAGGCCACACAUUUUUCAAUGGUUUUUACUAAUCUAGUAUGGGGAUUGAAUAACUCUAAUCCGAAGGUCUCGAACCUUGCCACCUCUGGUAAGGUCCCUGGGAAUUGCACUUCCCGUUCUGAUAUAUGAGAGGUUCAUUUUAACCGUUCACAUUAAAGUGUCAUUGGUAGGAAGCAGAUGCUUACACAUCUUUAAUUGUUCCAUACCCUCCUCUUUGUCAUUAAAUGAUUUUGUCAUUUUAUUUGCUCAUUGAUGGUUUUGGGGCUACUUUGAAGUACAAUGUUCAUUACUUAAUUAACCUGCUUAUAUGCUUCCUUGUUUGCCUGGGGAAUUUUGAUUUUUAGCACACUUGAAAGUUUUCUUGGCCAUGGCUGGACUGGAAGAUUUAAAAAGGAAGCUUGCACCAUUGUUUGAUUCUGAAAAAGGGUUCCCAUCUUCCUCAACAUUGGACCCAUCAGACUCGUACGUGCUUUCUGAUGGCGGUACGGUGAAUUUGUUGAGUCGAUCGUAUGGUGUGUACAACUUUAACGAGCUCGGACUGCAAAAGUGUCAUUCAUGGCCGGUUGAAGAUCCUGAUCACGGUGAAAAGACAUAUAGGUGUGCUUCACAUGAGAUGAGGGUUUUUGGAGCCAUAGGAAGUGGUGCAAGCAGUGUUGUGCAGAGAGCUAUUCAUAUCCCCACUCACAGAGUUAUUGCCUUGAAGAAGAUUAAUAUCUUUGAGAAGGAGAAAAGGCAACAACUUCUUACUGAAAUAAGCACUUUGUGUGAAGCACCUUGUUGUCAAGGCCUUGUUGAAUUCUAUGGAGCAUUUUAUACUCCAGACUCCGGGCAAAUAAACAUAGCUUUAGAAUACAUGGAUGGUGGGUCCUUAGCUGAUGUCAUAAGAAUGCGUAAACGCAUACCAGAGACAAUACUUUCUUCCAUGGUUCAGAAGCUUUUACAGGGACUUCAUUAUUUGCAUGGAGUUCGCCAUUUGGUUCACAGAGAUAUAAAGCCAGCAAAUUUGCUUGUCAAUCUCAAGGGGGAGCCAAAGAUAACUGACUUUGGUGUAAGUGCUGGAUUAGAGAACUCCAUGGCAAUGUGUGCCACCUUUGUUGGGACAGUGACGUACAUGUCACCUGAAAGAAUUCGAAAUGAAAAUUAUUCUUAUCCAGCUGACAUAUGGAGCCUUGGAAUUGCACUUUUUGAAUGUGGCACCGGUGAAUUCCCAUAUAAGGCUAAUGAAGGACCUGUCAAUCUCAUGUUGCAGAUCCUCGAUGAUCCUUCUCCAUCACUAUCGAGCCAUGAAUUUUCACCUGAAUUUUGCUCAUUUGUUGAUUCUUGCCUCCAAAAAAAUCCAGAUGCCAGACCGACUGCAGAGGAGCUUCUUUCACACCCAUUCAUUACCAAGUAUGUGGAUACUAUGGGAGUCGACUUAGGUGCAUUUGUCCGAAGUAUUUUUGAUCCAACAGAGAAGAUGAGGGAUCUUGCAGAUAUGUUCGCAAUACACUACUAUUUAUUGUUUGACGGGUCUGACGAUCUUUGGCUACAUACUAGGAUGCUUUAUACAGAAUUCUCUAUCUUCAGUUUUUGUGGGAAAGAAUCUGUCGGGCCAAAUGAUAUAUUUACAACAUUAUCAAAUAUUCGAAGUACACUAGCUGGGGAAUGGCCACCAGAAAAGCUUGUGCAUGUUGUAGAGAAACUACAGUGUCGGGCCCACGGUCAAGAUGCAGUUGCAAUUCGUGUUUCAGGAUCGUUUAUUGUUGGGAAUCAAUUUCUUAUAUGUGGGGAUGGUCUGCAAGUUGAGGGCGUGCCAAAUUUCAAAGAUCUGUCUUUGGAUUUACCCAGCAAGAGAAUGGGAACAUUUCAGGAGCAGUUCAUGAUAGAGCAGGGAAGUGCUAUUGGUCGCUACUUCAUAACCAAACAAGAGCUCCAUAUUGCUCAGUAGUUAAGUGUCGAUCUAUA